AUGGCAAGAAAAACUGGGGCAAAAUCUCAAGCAAACAAGCAUGGAAAUGGAACUGGCAAACCUCGUGGUCCUUCUUCUGAUUCACAGGCGCUCAAAACACGCUCGUUGGAUGAAGUUUUGGGGGUAGAGGCGUUGGAUUUUGGAUUGGAAAACGAGGUUUUCACUCCAAAAUCUUCAUUGAAGCAGCUUCAAGUUCGAUCGGAAGCUCGAAAUUCUUUCAAUGAAUUCAUGGAGGUCAUCCAUGGAACGCAGAGUCGAGCUCGAUCUUCAAGUUCUCGUCCAAAUAUGGAUGUAGGUAUGAUCUCUGUUCCCAUAUUGCAACAUUUUGAGGAUGAAAUAGUUGUUGAUAAUAAUGUGAAUGAAUCUGCUGGGUUAGCUGAUGAUAAUAUCAUGCCAGUUCAAAUUGAGUUGGAUGAUAUUCAGAGUGAAAUAGAUUUUUGGAAUUCUGCAGUUGUGUGCUAUGUUGUAGGAGCUAAUCCCCCAAUUAAUGUGAUGGAGGGUUAUGUUAGGAGAAUUUGGGGGGGGGGGGGAUUGAAGGUGGAUAAGGUGGUGCUAGUGAAGAAGGGUGUAUAUCUGGUGCGAUUUUUGUCUAUGGAAUCAAGGGAUAAAGUGCUGCAGGGGCAUUAUUUCUUUGAUAGCAAACCCUUGAUUGUGAAACCUUGGGAUCAGGAUCUGGAUAUGGAUAAAGAGGAGGUGCAAGUUGUUCCCAUUUGGAUUCAGUUGAAGCUGAAUUUCAAAUACUGGAGUGAAAAGGCAUUAUUCAAAAUUGUGAGUCAGGUGGGAAAACCAAUCAAAAGAGACUAUGCUACCACAUGUAGAGAUAAAAUUCAGUUUGCUAGAGUUAUGGUGGAAGUUCCCAUGGAGAAAAUCUUACCUGAUCACUUAUUCUUCAUGGAUGAACAUGGUGAAAAGGUUAAGGUGGAUCUGAGAUAUGAAUGGAAGCCUACUCUAUGUAAUAAAUGCAAGAUGGUGGGGCAUGCUGAAGCAGAAUGCAGGCAAGGUAAGAGUAGGAAGGUGUGGGUGCAGAAACAGACAGAAGGGGUUGCUCAACCACAGAAAGAGACUAUAGCCACUGAGGUGGAUCAGGAAGGUUUUCAAAGGGCUUUGAGACCAAUUAGGGCCAGAGCUGAUUCAAUGGAACCAACCCAAAUUGCUAACCCUUUUGAUAUACUGCAGAAUGAAGAGAUGGUUGACACUAGUGUUAAUGUGACAGGUGGGGGAGGGAACUUGAGUAGACAGGAGGGGUUGGUUGGGCUCCUUGAACAUAAGGUGAAGGGUGCUAAUCUUGGAAAGCUUUACCAAAGAGUAUUUACAGGCUGGUGUUUUACAGGAAAUGUUAGUUUUCACAAGGGAGGAAGAAUAGUGGUAGCUUGGAAACCUGGAAGCUUUACAGUGAGUGUUGUAGCUGUUACAGCUCAGUUGAUACAUUGUCAUGUUACCCCCAUUAGUGGUAAAAAUGGCUUCUAUUGCACUUUUGUUUAUGCAUUCAAUGAAUGCAAGCAGAGAAUUGAGCUAUGGAGAGACUUGAAGGUUUUAAACACACAGGAUCCUUGGAUUAUGUGUGGUGACUUUAAUUGUGUUAUGGCUAGUAAUGAGAGAAUAGGGGCACCUGUCAGACAAGCUGAAAUCAAUGAUAUUAAUAGUUGUAUGCAUGUUUGUAGUAUGGAAGAUGUGAAGAGUGUAGGGAACAUGUUCACUUGGAAUAACAAACAGCAGGGCUCUGCUAGAGUGUUUUCUAAGUUGGAUAGGGUGUUAGCUAAUCCAGCAUGGCAGAGUGAGUAUGUGGAUGCAGAGGUAUGUUUUAUGAAUGAGGGUGAUUUUGAUCAUUUCCCUGGCUUGCUUACAGUUUAUCCAAGAUCUGCAGGAGGGAGGAAGCCCUUUAGAUACUUUACAAUGUGGAAGUCAGCUCCCACUUUUGAUACCAUCAUUAAGGAUGUAUGGAGGGAACAUUUAUCUGGAAGUAAGAUGUAUGUCUUAGUGACUAAAUUGAAGAAGGUGAAAGUUGGUCUGAAAGAGCUCAAUAAGAAGGGCUUUACUGACAUUCAGGCUGCUGAAAUUAAAGCUCAUCAGGCAAUGUUAGAUGCUCAGCAAGCCAUGCAUUCAAAUCCUGCAAAUCAGCAUCUAGCUGAUCUGGAGUUAGAUGCCAUCAAGGAAUAUAAAUUACAUCAUCAAGUGUAUAUGGACUUUUUGAAGCAAAAAGCCAAGCUGGAUUGGAUCAAAUCUGGUGAUGAGAACACUUCUUUAUUUCAUCAGAGUAUCAAGGCCAGAAAUGUUCAGAAUCAUGUUUACAGCAUAUAUGAUAUGCAUGGAAAAUGGCAAGAUACUCCAGAAGCAGUUUCUGAUGCUUUUCUUGAUUAUUAUAAGCAGUUACUGGGUACAACUCAAGCUGGAAGAAGAUCUGUAAUCAAAGAGGUGGUGUUGGCUGGCCUAGUGCUUACUGAACAUCACAGAGCUCUUCUCAAUGCACAUUACUCUAGAGAGGAAGUGAAGAAUGCUCUAUUCUCCAUUCCUGGAACUAAAGCUCCUGGACCAGAUGGUUUUGGUUCUUUCUUUUAUAAGGAUUCUUGGCAUAUAGUGGGAGAUGAGGUAAUUGAUGCAGUUCUUGAUGUGCUGAAUAAUGGUAAGCUUUUAAAGGAGAUUAAUCAUACAGUCAUCACUUUAAUUCCGAAAACAAAAUGCCCCAAAAAUGUUAGUGAGUUUAGACCUAUCUCAUGCUGUAAUACACUUUAUAAAUGUGUUACUAAGGUGAUGUGUGGUAGAUUGAGACAGGUGUUGCCAGACUUGAUUCUUGAGAAUCAAGGGGGGUUUGUGCAUGGAAGAUAUAUUGCUCAUAACAUCAUGGUAGUGCAGGAUUUAGUAAGGCAUUAUGGAAGGAAAUAUGUUCAGCCUAGUUGCCUGUUAAAAGUUGAUUUGCAAAAGGCUUAUGACACAGUAGAUUAG